CAUUCCCUGGAAAGAUCUUGAGAGCGGGCUGCGAUUAGACCGGUGCGGCUCGGCUGGGUUCGGUUCGGUCCGCGGCGCCGCCACAUGAACACUCGACCCCGGCUGACCUUCCCUGCGCGGUACCGAGCUCAUGACUCGUGGUCCGGACGCUAAAGCAGAUGAUCCCGUUAGCAUCAGAGCGGAGCUGAGCCAUGGUUGACCCCAACGCCAACGCCCACGUCCCGGGCCCCCUGAGGAAGACGUCCACGACGGGGGAGAGCGUCUACAAGGUGUUAGGUCUGGAGAAAGGAGCCUCGCCUGAAGACAUCAAGAAAGCAUACAGAAAGUUGGCGCUUAAGUACCACCCGGACAAGAACCCGGACAACCCGGAAGCGGCGGAGAAGUUCAAGGAGAUCAACAACGCCCACUCUAUACUCAGCGACGAGACCAAGAGAAAAAUCUACGACGAGUAUGGCUCCUUGGGUCUCUACGUGUCCGAGCAGUUCGGAGAGGAGAGUGUCAAGUACUACUUUCUCAUGUCCAAGUGGUGGUUCAAGGCUUUGGUGGUCUGCUGCACACUGUUCAGCUGCUGCUGUUGUUGCUGUUGCUGCUGCUGUUGUUGCGGAAAGUGCAAACCCCCCGAGGAGGACGAAAACUACCAGUAUGUGGACCCUGAGGACCAGGAUGAACAGAUCAAUACGGAACCAGACAGCGGCAAGACGGUAAUCAUAGGCCAGCCCUCGUCUAGCGGGGUCGUCCAGACCCCGGACGGCAACGGUCCGCCCAUCCCGCUGCCCACCCCGUCGGCGCCCGAGCCCCGAGAGGAGGAGAAGCCCCCAGAGAGCUCGCCCGAGUCGAAAUGACUCUACGAUGACACUGAUCGUCACGCAUCAACGAGAGAGAAGUUCGGUUCCUUCCCUGGGAGCGAGAGCCGGACCGCCACCCUGAUCCAUGACCUCCUCCGAGGAAAGCUUCUCCCUGUUCUUCUUCUGUGGACCUCCCUUCCCGCAUCUCGUUUCCAAACGAUGCUUCAUGAGCCAGGAAACGAAAAACUGUUCUUUUCAAACGGACCUCUUUGUUGAGGCGCUAACUUUUGGGACAUUUGGGAAAUGCAUGUGAAUUUUAUUUGUUGGAAUCAUCAUGCAUGUACCCCCAGAAUCUUCUCCAUUGUGCCAGUCACUGCAAACUAAAGCAAACCAGCAAAUUGACUGAUGUAGCCCGCUAACAGUCGUGAAAUCUGCUCUGUGCUAGCAGGUUUGUCAUCAUAUGUAGCACUUCACUCUUUUCAUAAUCACAGUCGUGGAUGGGCGGUCAUAACCAUUUCCUGAAGGGGAAUCUGAGAAAUCAAUCUGAUUGGUGCGCAUUCGGGUGAAUUCCCCAUUGGGAAACAUGCAAAUUCAUCCAAAAUGGUUGACUUCCAGUAAGUUAGGCAUCGGUCCUUGAGACUUUUUAACAUGUCCACCCAAUUUUGUUUGCUAGUUAUUUUUCGGACGUUUCAGGACGCACUACUGAAGAAUUUCUUACAAAAUGGUCGACUUCCUGUUCAUUAUGGGUGUAGCAUCAUACAAGUGAUUGAAAUAUUUCCAAUUAGAAUUCACAUUACCAAUGAAGGAGAUUCAAUAUAUUCCAUGUUUACAUACAGGACUGUUGUAUUUAUUUUCCAGUCAAACGAAUCCUUCACUGCCAUUGACAGCUGUAGCAGUCAAACAUUCAUGUUAACUGGGUGAUCUGGCAGAGAAGAAAUAAUCUUUCUCCACAUUAUGUUAACGCCACGUUACGGAAAAUUCCUAGUGUGUUGUGCCUUUAAACACACUUGGUUAAAUGGCAAGCAUACAUUAAUUAAGAGUUAAUCUGAUUUGAUCUGAUGACAUAAAAGGUUUAAAAACACUAUGCAAAAUUAUUCACUUUUAAUCAAACCAGCGUUUCUCAAUCGAGCCAUUUUAUCAAGUUGGAAAAAAAUGAUUCCGACAUUUCCUAUUUGUGAGAGUUGCGUGAAAUGUUUUCAACUUUGUUUUAAUGCUGUUUAAAAGCACAUUUUAAAGUUAGCUGUGUCUAAAUGUUACUACUAAUUUCAAAAAUAUUGAAAAAAGUGCUUGUUUACCUCACACACAGCCAAAUUUGAAGUUAUUCAUCUCAUCAGCAAAACACUAAAGAUGACAUUUUUAUUUUUGUUAAUUCAUAAAACUAGAUUUGCUGACGAUACAUUUUUAUUCAUGUGUUUGGAGUGUAAAUAUUUUUUUAAGUUAUGUGAAAAAGAGUACGCCAUGCGGCAUUAUGCUAACCUGUUAGCAUGUUUAGGGUUAGCCAACUUUUUUUUUUGUUCGUGUCCUUUCAUAAGAAUCCAGUUGGACAAUCUGUCAUGAAUAAUCAUUAAAAAAGUAUUUGAAAAGAAACAAUAAACUGACCUGGUUAAAAGUGAUAAGUUGUGGUUGUGCUAUGCAGUGUUGUUUUUGGCAGCCCUUUUAAUUUUCAUCUUAGUCUAAAACUUUUGGGCGAAAAUACUUAUACGUCUUAGUCAUAUUUUAGUCAUUUUAAAAUGUGUCGUCUAGUUUUAGUCACCCUUUACUCAAAAGGUUUUUGUCUCUAAAAUUGUGCUAACGUGAAUGCAAUGCUAACGCUACGAGUUACAUUUAAUGUUUGAUGAUGGGGGUGGCACGUCACAUUCUGAACAUGUGACGGAAACUAUGGUGCAUUUUUGUC